AUGCACCCCGAACCUCAUACAAAAGCGAAGUUCUUCCACGCCAAGAUACUGUCUAAGACGAAAGAGGAGCAAAUGAAGAACCUGGACACAAACUUUACCUUCAGUAACAGACCAGAGACGUUCAAGGAACUGCUAAACAAGAGGCGAUGGGUUGGCGAUGUUUAUGAUAAGUUGACGAAAAUAUACAGAAUUGAGGUCAUCAUCAUGAACGAGUCCUUUCGCGGUCUGCCUGGACAAGAAGCACCCUCAAAAGAUUGUGCGGAUACUUCUAUCAUACAGACAAGAUCACGACAGGAACUAUUAUACAUGCGUUCUCAGAUUGAUGUCGCAGCAAAGGCGUUUCAAUUAGAGGCCAUUGACAUGGUGGGCAUUCAUUACAAGGACCUUGACUACCUGAAGGAUGAGUGUGAAGAUGGAAGAAGACUUGGCUUUACGGGCAAGGUUAGCUAA